AUGGCCUUCGGCCAUGCACCCCAUGCAUGCAACAAGCUCAUGGCAAACUAUCGUGAGCCUCUUGAUCCCGCUGGUGGUGACCACUUGGACCACCGGCAUCCUCUGUCGUCUGAGGGGUGGUCCCCAAUCACCAUGACUGACCCUCGGUGGCCCCUCAAUAAUAUUCUUCCUACAAAUGAUAAUCUUUAUAAGAAGAACAUUAUUGAGAACAAUCUUUGUCCAUUUAUGCAACCUGGUACAGUUGCUACAAGGGCUCAAGCUAACCUAUCUUUGUUUAAAGAGACCAAGCAGACUUGUUUCAAGAGUGCUGAAAGGACUCAUUGGAGAGUAUCAACUCAAAAUUGGAAGCCACCUGUUUGGCCCUAUUUCAAAGUGAAUUUCGAUACAACUUUUGACAAAGCUAAAGGUAGUAUGGGAUUGGGAAUAAUCAUCAGAGACGCAGGAGGCAGCUUGCAAGCUGUGUUGACAGCUUUUAAGGACCAUAUAUCAUCAGCUUUCUAUGUAGAAAGUGCUGCGCUUCAUAGAGCUAUGAGCUUUUGCAUUGAGCUUGACUUAAACCAAGUUUGUUUUGAAGGGGAUGCCAAGGUUGUUGUAGAUGCGGUGACCUCCAAAAUAGAAGAUAACUCAUGGCUUGGACAAGUGACAGAGGAUAUGCAGCAGGUGAUUAAGUGCAACCAAGUAUGGCGACUAAACUUUGCACACAGGUCAACUAACAAGGCUGCUCACAAGGCAACCAAGUUAGCAAUUAGGGAUGUUAUUGAAGAUUGUUUGGUUAGAGGAUUGCCCUCCUGA